AACAUCGGAUACCACUUCUGGUUCAGGCGCCGUUCGAUUAACAUCUAGCAACACCAGAGCAAAUAUACAAUGGCAGACCUCAGUGCCAGGGAAGUCGAAAAGGUAGAAUUUGCCUUCUCCAUCUACGAUGCCGAUGGCACGAAUGUCGUCGAUGCCGUCGAUCUCGGCAACGUUCUCCGAGCCCUCAACUUAAACCCCACAAACGCCACCAUUGAGAAGCUUGGAGGAACGAAAAAAAGGGGCGAGAAGAUCAUGAAGCUCGACGAAUUCUUGCCGAUCUACAGUCAGUGCAAAAAGGACAAGGAACAAGGAUGCUACGAAGAUUUUGUCGAAUGUUUGAAACUAUACGACAAACAGGAAAAUGGAACCAUGCUUGCUGCUGAACUUUCGCACACACUGCUUGCACUUGGCGAGAAACUGACCGACCAGGAAGUAGAACAAGUUCUGAAAGAUUGCUUGGACCCAGAGGACGAUGACGGUUUCAUCCCCUAUACCCCGUUCUUGAAGAAGAUGAUGGUGCUAUUAUAAGCAAAAUAGCCGGAUGUCGGUGUCACAAAGAUCGUCCUUCCGUUCCUUCGUAGACUGUGCGACAAAGAGGAGGCCGAAUGAAGUGACAGCACGGCAACCAUAAUGUCGGUAUUCAUCCAUCGACAAGCUCCACGUCAACGAGAGACAUUUUCAUUCGUCAUACCCAUCGCUCAUCCCCUGUUAAAAAUCUUCUGUGGCCACCAAACGCCGCGUUUCUCACAUUUUUACGCAAUGUAAACGACGAAAUACGAUUUCUGAAUCGGACCUGCUGUCGUUUGAAAAAGCAACAACGGGUAAAAGAGAUAAUGCAAACGAGAUAAAACCUUCUCACACGGGAAGAACUUCUGUGAAAGAGAUAACGAGGAAAGAUUGAUCAAAAGACGCACAAAUACUUAGCUACUCGGUUCGGUUGAACUUACCGUUGUGACAUGAGAUAUAUGUAUUUAUGAUAAGAACGUUGUAUAAUAUCUUAAUAUAUGUAUAUUAACGUUGUACAAAACUGAAUGAAAAGAUCGGUGUUAUUUUAUUCUUGAAUUUUAAUAAACUGUACCCAUCGCGUAACCAGCAGUGCCAAAGGUCUCACGUUGUUCACAGCCUUCCAGGAGAAUUUGAUAUAUAAUCGCCGAUUUGUACAUCUACGUCGUAUAUUGUUCUGACUUUUCAAAUGUUCUGACGAUAUUAUAAUUGUAAUGUAAAUAAAGUCAUAAAAACAUGUUUUGUACAAA